AUGACCUUCCUCCAUGAGCCAGACCUUCCUACCGGAGUCACUGUCCUUGUGACAGGUGUAAGCGGAUUUGUUGGAAGCCACAUCGCAGAUCAGCUCCUUCACGCAGGCUAUAACGUCCGAGGCACUACAAGAGAUGCUGCCAAAACUUUUUGGAUCACUUCGCUUUUUGAGAGAAAGUAUGGUCCAGACAGGUUUGAACUCUGUGCUGUUCCCGACAUGGGAAAGGCCGAUGCCUUUGAUUCUGUUCUGAAGGGAGUUUCGGGCGUCGCCCAUGCCGCGUCCGACAUGACGUUUGGUUCUGACCCGAAUGAGGUUAUCCCGCCCAUUGUUGCCAUGGGCUUGAAUCUCCUCCGUUCAGCGGCAAAAAAUGGGGAGAUUGAUAGAUUUGUGUUUACAUCAUCUUGCGCAGCGGCAACGAGUCCGAAGCCUGGGAAUUGGCCGAAGAUUUCGAGCGACACAUGGAACGAAGAGGCGAUAGUGGAGGCUUGGGCUGAGCCGCCGUAUCUUCCAGACAGGGGGUUUGCAGUCUACGCGGCGAGCAAAGCGCAGGCCGAGAAGGAGAUGUGGAAGUGGUAUCACGAGAACAAGCCUUGCUUUGUUCUCAACACAGUCCUUCCAAGCAUGAACAUGGGCCAGAGCCUCGACCUCGACAACCAGGGCCAUCCUUCAACUUCUGGCCUCAUCGAGGCUUUAUUCAGGGUCUUCUACGUCGAUGUCAAAGACACUGCGCGCCUUCAUCUAGCGGCCCUGCUUCACCCCGACAUACGUGACGAACGAAUCUUUGCUUAUGCUGGGCCGUAUACUUGGCACAUGAUUCAAGCAGUCAUGAAAGAUCUUUACCCUAACAAGACGUUCUUUCCCGAGAUUUCCGAGGCCGUGUUGGACCGGAGCGAGAUUGUACUGGCUCCGAGGGCUGAGAGAUACCUAAAGGAGAUGGGCUGCAAGGGCUGGACUACUCUUGAGGAAAGUGUGAAGAUGAAUACGGAGGACUUGGUGUGA